CUCUGUUUGAUUGACGGCAGGGAGGAAAAGGGAGGGGAGAAUAACCUCCGCGCCUGGCGAUAGCAGCAGGCUAUACAAACACACAACUGUUACAAUCUUACUCCAAUAAUACACAUGAGUGUUAUUCUUCUUCGAACGCUAACAGAUAACGUCGUCUCACCGAUUGCUUUUCUGCUCAUACUCAAUCGGAGAGGAGGUAAAAACAAAGGACUAAUUCCAAAAAGAGGAAAAGCGGCCUAUUUUUGUUCUUGAUAUCCUGGUGCCGCCGGUGCAAGCUCGCACGGCCGGCGUAAAUAUACUCCGGUGCUCUGACGGGCGCUUAUUUUACUUCUUCAACAAAGAUGUCCAUACUCUCUUUUCAUUCUCCACUACCUCUUCCAGUUUACCCCCUCUUGUUAGUUAUCCUGCACUAACUGGCUUUUACUCCGUGCGCUAGUGGGAGCCAAGGCGGCCUGUUUUGUUUUCGCAGCGUAGCCGCCAUGAACCGCGGACAACAACAGAAUCCGAGCGUGCUGCUUGCUGACUAUCACUGCCUACGUGCCACGAAUAUGCAGGCCAGAAGUAGAGGAGCCAACUUUAGCUAAAACUCUGAGGAAGAUGCGAAUAAGGAAGGAAUGCGGGAGAAUAAACGAAUAAGAUUAUACUAUUAACGUUAGCAAAGCAGCUGUGUUUGAAUUUGGUACGAAGGUGUCUAACAGUAGGUAAUUGGAGGCCGGAGUUGGAGAAAGAGCGCCACCAGUGACUGUAUUGUUGUUGAAUUACAAGUCGACCAGCGAGGGCUGCUCGCUUCACGGAUGCUGUGAGAGACAAGUGAACGGGCUUUGAUAAAUUCAUUUGCUCGAGAUUUAUUUUGUAUGUAUGCACUUAAUGGGAUUAACAGUUUUAUUUUUAUGCCAUGAUGAUCAUUUGGGCAUAUUUCGUGCCGUGGAAAAGAGGAAAACGCUAACGAUGAAUUGGUUGUGAUUAUGAAUACAGUAAUGUUCUACCCAUGCUACCACGGACAUAGACUUCAUACCUGUAUGUUUGUAACUGAUUUGCCGCUAACUUACCUUCUAGCUGUAUCACACAUUUACCUAUUUGGUGCAUAGACUCUUACCAGCACUAUUUUGGCGAUAAAGCUAAGCUAGGUUAGCACCAUUAGUAGUUAGCUAGCUACACCACCCAUCUAUGCCCUCCCAUCCUCCUUUAGGGUAAUAGAACGGACGACGAGGGAGCUGUGAGGCUCUUCUCCAUUUAAACGGGAGCCACAAGACUUUCACCGGAGGACUUGUGCGUGUGUGUUUGCUCGUUUUUUUUCCUCGGACUGGAUGUUUCCGUCCCUUGGCUGUUGAGAUGAACCCGGUGAAUGCCACCACUCUGUACGUGUCCGCGUGUCGUUCGGUGCUGCAGUGCGACCCUCGCGACCCCCGGGCCCUGGCGGAGCUCUACAAGCAGCUGCCCUUCUUCCGCCAGUCGCUGUCCUGCCUCGUGUGUGGUAACCUGCUGCAGGACCCCAUAGCGCCCACUAACUCCCAGUGCCAGCACUAUGUGUGUCGCGGCUGUAAGGGCCAGAGGAUGCUGCUCAAGCCGUCCUGUUCUUGGUGUAAAGACUACUCCCGCUUCCAGGAGAACAGACAGCUCUCCUUAUUGGUCCACUGCUACAGGAAGCUCUGCCUCUACAUCGCCCAAUCACCUCUCGCCCCACACAUUGCUAGCGCAGCCAGCGAUUCGCCCGACCUCCUCGCCAUUCUUAACGAGGGCCUGUCAUUGGCCGAAAGCGAGCAGGAAGGGGAGGACAUUAUGGAUUUGGCGAGCCAGACUCCGCCGACGGCCCCCUCAAUUUCUGACCUCAGACCUACUGAGGCUCUGCCUGCAGAGGAGAGCCAGGAGGAGGGGCUUAUCCCUGUGGGCGGGGUUAACGGGCUUCACGACUGUAACGGCCUGGUCAAUCAGGACUUGCCACCACCUAUUACCUUAGCUACAGGUGGAGGUGUUCUGAAGCAGGAGAGCUUGGGGGAGGAGCUACCUGUGUGUGUUGACGUGGUAGGUAGUGGGGAGGUGGGACUUUGUAACAUUAGCACAUUUGGGGAGGAGCUUAAUAAACAUGGUGGAGGUCUGUUGUUGAGCGUGGAGGAGGUUCUUAGGACCUUGGAGCCAGAACCCAACCCUGAACUGCCUGACCCCCAGCCAGACAAUCCCUCUGUACCCCCCCACAAUGGAUCUUACUGCCCUCCUACCCCUGACUCCCCUCGCCUCACCCCCUCCCUCCCCCCAGAGAACAUCCCUAGACUUCCUGCCUCCCCCCAGCCCACCCCUGCUCUCCCCCGCCUACCCCCACACUGCCACCGCAAGCGUUCACGCUCUGAGAGCGACAGUGAGAAGGUGCAGCCCCUCCCCAUCGCCACCAUCCUCAGAGGCCCACCCCUGGGCGCCACCAACCCCCUUCACCUCCCAACCGCCACUGUCAAACGGGAGCCCAAACUCCCUUCCGCCAUCACCCCGCCUCACCUGGCGCCUGUGCCGAAUGGAGGGCCUCCCAAGGUGGGUAAGACAAUGCUGGUGUCAUCCAAGGGACUGAAGAAGAGUCUGGAGCACCACGGGGGACCUAAGAAGGCCUACACCAAGGCCAGGCAGGGGGUCCCCAAGCCCCGCGCCCAGCCCCGUGACCGCCUGCCCCCCCACGGCCAUGCUCACCCUCUCUCUCACCCACCCAGCCCCUCCAAGCCCCUGUACAAGAAGCCAGUGGAGAAGAAGGGCUGUAAGUGUGGGAGAGCCACUCAGAACCCCUCUGUUCUCACCUGCAGGGGGCAGCGCUGCCCCUGCUACUCCAACCGCAAGGCAUGUCUGGACUGUAUCUGCCGCGGCUGCCAGAACUCCUACAUGGCGAACGGGGAGAAGAAGCUGGAGGCGUUUGCGGUUCCAGAGAAGGCUCUAGAACAGACGCGGCUCACGCUCGGCAUCAACCUGACCUCCAUCACAGCUGCAGCCCUGCGUAGCCCGGCAACCAGCAACACCCCACACGGCAACCAGCUCAUCACCACGGCAACAGGAGCGACAGGGGUGUCCUUCCUGUCCGGGGUGGGGGCAGGGCAUGAGGACAGGGGGUAUGAUGAUUCGCUGGACAUGAGGUUUGACUGUUGAAGACCCGCCCUCCUUGGACAUUAUUGACCAAUGGGCUGUGCAGAUGGACCUGGAGGGGCGGGGUUGAGAAUAAGGCAGCUACUGUGACAGGCGGUAGAGGGAGUGUUACUCAGAGACACAUAUACACUCUCCAUACAGCGCCUGGAAUGUGCUUUUGGUCUUAUGUACUGAUGACAUGGAGAUGGAUGGAAGAGGGAUAUCGUUACUGUAUGUUCAGAGAUUUUUAUUUUGUGAGGGUUAGAAGUUUUGUUUUGUACUAUCGGUGAUGUGUAGGGCAUGACGUGUUGGCCUGCGAUGGGCUCGUUGUGCUGUGUGUCAGAGGGGGGGUGGUACCGUAGAUAGUGCACUUAUUUUGGCCAGGACCUCAGUACACUAGAUAGGGGUAGGCUGCUAUUUGACAGGCCUCAGCCACAGACCGACAUCAGUAGACUGACUGUAAUUUAUGAACUUUUGUUUUUGUACACAGAACUUAUUAAAUUCCAUUUAAGAGGAUGUUUUAUGAUAUAUUUUAUAAGUUACAUUAACAAACAUUUGCAGUAUUUAUUGGAUGUCACCUAACCUAGGUAGUGGUGGGCCACGCCCACUCCAACUGUCAGCCUAUCAAAUCCCAUGUGGGCGGUUCUCUGUCUAAAUGAUGUCGCUGUCCUAUUAGUGCUAGUUUCUGCUGUCUCCAGCUGUCCUUUUGUUUCCCUCGGGCAUUAAAAACCUGUAAUAUACAUGGAACAUAUUUCCACAAAAAAGAAAAUCAAAACCUAA